GUCGUAGAUUACUUAGAUGACAAGAGAUUUUGGAUGCAUGAUCAGUUUAGAGAUCUUGGAAGAGCAAUUGCUAAAGAAGAGGGUACUAGGUUGUGGGAUAUAGCCGACAUCAGUUGCGAAUUAAGUUCGAUAGAGAAAAAGCAAAAAGUUCAAGCACUCUGUUUUCGCGAGCGAUGUUAUUGGGAUGUCCCUUGUAGAACUGUCACUGCGAAGCAAAUUAAGCGGUUCCCGAAUCUACAGUUUCUUUGGUUGUCUAGCGUAAACUUGCAAGGCGACUUCGCGAGCUGUCUUUCCAAGUUGAAAUGGUUUUAUUUGUGGCAUCACACUGGAGGCAACGAUGAUCAAGCGCUUAUGCUAACCAAUUUGCAUCUAGAAAACGUGGUUUUGUUGCAUACUUAUGGCUAUGAGUGGACAGAAGAUGCGAUCAAGAGCCUAAUCAAGGAGGCAACGAAGUUGAAGAUUCUCAUCAUUGAGUCAUGUCGUUUGUCACAUGGGACGCCAAUCUUUUCCAAACACUUAGUUUUAGAGAAGUUGAGUUUUCUUUGCUGUUCUUCUUUGAAGAAAAUUAGUUGCUCUAUUAGGAAAUUGAGGUGGCUGACUUACUUAGAAUUUGAGCAUUGUAAGGCACUUGAAAAAUUGCCUGAACAAAUUGGCGGACUAAAGAAUCUUCAGCACCUCUCUUUUGGGGAUUGUCAAAGCUUGAUGGGACUCCCUGACUCAGUUGGCGAACUAAAGAAUCUUCAGCACCUCUCUUUUAGGUAUUGUCAAAGCUUGAGGGGACUCCCUGACUCAGUUGGCGAACUAAAGAAUCUUCAGCACCUCUCUUUUAGGUAUUGUCGGAGCUUGAGGGGACUCCCUGACUCAGUUUCAAAAUUAGAGUCAUUGACGGAACUAGACCUAGAUGUUUGCAAUAAGAUUCAAGAGUUGCUGGAGCUCCCAAAAGUUUGGCCACUCUGAGGCUUGCAUCUUCAUCGUUGCAGAGUAUCCCCGACGUCUCAAACCUUACUAAUCUAGUUGAACUGCUCCUAUCGGAUGGACAGAUUCCUGGUGGUCGUUCAAAUAUAACUCAAUCUUGCGACUUGUCAUGGAUUGGGAGGCUAUUCAAACUGAGAAAGUUAGAAUUGUGCCUUUUAAAUGUCCGUGCAACAUCCAUAGAGUGGGGUUCCCUUUCCUUGCUGGAAGAACUUCGACUCGAUGGACUAGACUUGCAGAAGCUGAAACAACUUCCGUCAAGCUUGAGAGUUCUAAAGCUCAGAUGGACUCAAGUGAAACAAGUGGAACUCGAUGGGCUUCCUAAUUUGGAAGAGUUAAUAAUCGGAAUAUGUGAACGCCUUGCAAAAAUAUCCGUUACAUCAAGUUUGAAUAAACUCAGAGAUGUUGAGGUGUUCGAUUGCCCCAAGCUAGUCGAACUUCAAUUUCACGGUGUCUUAAAAUCGAUGGAGAGUAUAUAUAGUUCGGAUAAUGAAUCUUUAGAGGGGUUGGUUUGUCUAUCGGAGGAGGAGCUAGGAUGCAAUGAGCUACAAGCUCCCGAGUUGACUGAUGGUUGGAGGAGAGUGUCCCUUGUCUCAAGCUCCCUAAAGAUGCUUCGAAAACUCAAUCUGUCAUCUUUCCCAGGGCCACAAGAGAUUCGAUUUGUUUCAACGGUGGAAGCAUUGGAAAUGUUUUCUGUUUCCGAUUGCAGUUCAUUAAAAAGGUUAGGAGGUUUGUCAAACUUGAAGAAUUUGAACAAUUUAAGCAUUUGGUCGUGCCCGACGCUGCAGGUUGUUGAGGGCAUCGACAAGUUAGAGCGUUUGGAGUAUUUGGGGAUUGAUGACUGCAGAUCAGUGGAAAGGAUUUUCGAGUCAUCAAGCUCAAAAAUACCAAAGGAGUGCAAGAUACGGAUACAUGAUUUGGGGCAGCUACCCAGCUCUGGCGACGGGGGAUCAGUCAUCACUUGGGAGUUUUAUAGACAGAUGAUUUUGAAGGCACAAACACAAGCGGCGGACUCUACUAUCGAAACAACUUUCCCCGAAAUAGGGGAUCCUCUAUUGGAACAGCCAGAUGAUGGUGAGGAGGAUAACGAUGACAACAAGGAUGACGGUAGGCAGGAUGACGAUGACGAGGAUGAUGACGAGGACAAUGAAGAUGAUGGCAAGGAUGACGAUGACAACGACAAAGUGCGUGAGGACCAUGAGAACGAUGACGGUGAGGAUGAUGAGGUCAGCAAUGUGCAUUUGUCUCGCGGGUCUUCGCCGGUUUGUUCUGAGGACCAGGAUGAUGACGAUGACGAUAACGAUGACGGCGAGGAUGAUGAGGACAAUAAUUCGCAUGAGGUUUUGCGGUCAUCUCACGGGACUCCACCAGUUCAUUUUGUGAGUGAUAGCGAUGAGAACAAUGAUGUCAACAAGGAUGGCGACGACGACGGGGACGGCGACAAUUAUGGCGACGAGGAUAGGAAAAGGACGAGAAUGAGGAAGAGGAAGAGAGGGAUGAUGAAGAAGCUGAGGAGGAGUCAUCUUGCGGGCAUCCACAAGUUCAUUCCAUGGACAACGAUGAAGAAAAGUAGGAAGGCUAGAGGCGAAGGCGAAUCAAUGGCAACCACAAGAAAGAGGAUGAGAUUGAUGAUGAAGAAGCCGAAUAAGAGGUAAGAGAUGGAAUAGAAUGUGAUGUACUUGGCUUCUUUUUUGCUAUCGAAACAUGGGGCGUGAAGACUGACUAGUAGUUGAAAGUGUACUAGUAGUGCCCAUAUCCGUUCGUUCUCGAGAGUUGAUCGGCGAAGCCACCUCAAUUUCUCGUCUCUUUCAUUUUUCAACAGCUUUUGUUCUUUUCCUUUUCGAUUGUUUAGAUGUUAUUCACUCCUUUCUUUUCUCUCCAUAAAACGAAAAUGGUGUGUAAGUGCCCUAUUUAUGGCACGCGAAUUUGUUUGGAUUUUAUUGGUUAUUCUCUUCUGAUUCAGUGUAUGCAUCUCACUUUGUCGAGAGGUGACGCUUAGGAACAUGCUUCAUGAAUAUGUCUUAGCU